AUGGCCCCUUCUGCUACCGUAACUUUGACCGAGACAGAGCAGGCGCCUCUACCGGUCCGGUCUUUGAAAACAAACUUUGGAGCCUACAAGGAGCUCGGAUCGAGUCGACUCGAUGAAGAGGCUGAGCGUAUUGGAAGGGAAGAUUUUGAGGCCGCAAAGUACCCCAACUAUCUCCCAACCUGGAACACUGAGCAGAAAUAUCCUCCUCUCGAGCCAUUUGAGCAUUAUGAACAUGGCAAGGACGCAGACACAUCAUACCCUGAGUUGUUACCUAAGGAUGCAGCCGUUGUAGAUCUGACACCAUCAAUUGGAUCUGAAGUCAAAGGCGUCCAGCUAAGCAAAUUGAGUAAUGCUGGAAGAGACCAGCUUGCACGAUACGUGGCAGAAAGAAAGGUAGUCGCAUUCCGGGGGCAGGACCUGGCAGAUCUGGAAAUCUCGGAAGCUCUUAAGUUCGGCGAGUACUUUGGUCGCCACCACAUUCAUCCGACUUCAGGCUCUCCCGAAGGACACCCGGAGGUCCACCUUGUACACCGUGGCGCCGGCGAUGACGGUGCUGAGAAGUUCUUCCAGUCGCGGACAAGCUCCGUUGCAUGGCACUCUGACGUGUCCUACGAGCAGCAGCCUCCAGGCACUACCUUCCUAUACGUUCUUAACAAGCCAGAAACUGGUGGCGAUACUCUCUUCGCCGAUUGUGUCGAAGCGUAUGAGAGACUGAGUCCUCUAUUCAAAGAGCGUCUACACGGCUUGAAAGCAACUCAUUCUGGUAUCGAGCAAGUCAAUGCUUCUAUGGCCCGAGAUGGCAUCAAACGCCGCGAGCCUGUCGUCAAUGAGCACCCAAUAGUGCGUACACACCCUGCCACUGGACAAAAAGCUCUCUAUAUAAACCCCCAGUUUACGAGAGACAUUGUCGGUAUGAAGAAGGAAGAAUCUGAUGCUAUUUUGAAAUUCUUGUACGACCACAUCGCCUAUGGCGCUGACUUCCAUGCACGAGUGAAGUGGGAGGAAGGAACUGUCGUCGUUUGGGACAACCGGGUGACUCAACAUUCAGCCCUGGUGGAUUGGAAGAAUAAGCAACGCAGACACCUAGCCAGAAUCACUCCACAAGCGGAGAGGCCAUUUGAAACACCUUAUAAGGCUUAG